AAGGGGGAUUUAUUUUCAAGGUAGAGGAAAUCCUAAGGAAAUGUGUGGGAUCACGCUCUGUGUUUCCCACUAGCCAAGACAUUAUUGACCAACUAUUUGUAUUGUGUGGCGUGAGUUUGCGGGUGUGGUGGUGAAUAGUUCAGGGGGGGAGCAGGGGAAGCGACAGUCGUUGGGUCAAAAUGUCGAUUCAGUACGAUGUGGAGCCACUGGCUGACAGCUACGGGGUUGCGGACUCGUUCCCCAAAGAUUUCGGAUACGGUGAAGAGGAGGAGGCCGACAUUGAGGACAGCCCGGCGCCGUCCGACAGCAAACCCAGAAUACUGCUCAUGGGCUUGAGACGAAGCGGAAAAUCGUCCAUACAGAAGGUGGUUUUCCACAAGAUGUCUCCCAAUGAGACCCUGUUCCUGGAGAGCACCAACAAGAUCUACAAGGAUGAUAUCUCCAGCAGCUCGUUUGUCAACUUUCAGAUCUGGGACUUCCCUGGCCAGAUUGACUUCAUCGACCCGACCUUCGACUAUGAGAUGAUCUUUAGAGGAACCGGGGCUUUGAUAUUUGUCAUUGACGCUCAGGAUGACUACGUGGAGGCUCUGGGGAGGCUUCACCUCACUGUAUCGCGGGCCUAUCGAGUAAAUCCAGAGAUUAACUUCGAGGUGUUCAUCCACAAAGUGGACGGCCUCUCGGAUGAUCACAAGAUUGAGACUCAGAGAGACAUCCACCAGAGAGCCAAUGAUGAUCUGGCCGACGCAAGCUUAGAGAAGCUACAUCUCAGUUUUUACUUGACGAGUAUUUACGACCACUCCAUCUUUGAGGCCUUCAGCAAAGUGGUGCAGAAGCUCAUCCCUCAGCUCCCAACUCUCGAGAACCUCCUCAACAUCUUCAUUUCUAAUUCAGGGAUCGAAAAGGCCUUUCUCUUCGACGUGGUCAGUAAGAUCUACAUUGCCACGGACAGCUCCCCUGUUGACAUGCAGUCCUAUGAGCUGUGCUGCGACAUGAUCGAUGUGGUCAUUGACGUCUCCUGCAUCUAUGGCUUGAAGGAGGACGGCAGCGGCAGUGCCUAUGACAAGGAGUCGAUGGCCAUCAUCAAGCUCAACAACACGACUGUGCUGUACCUGAAAGAGGUCACAAAGUUCCUGGCCCUCGUCUGCAUCCUGCGAGAAGAAAGUUUUGAGCGCAAAGGUUUGAUAGACUACAACUUCCACUGUUUCCGAAAGGCCAUUCAUGAAGUAUUUGAGGUGGGUGUUUCCACUCAGCGUCCACUGGGCUCCCAGGCUGUGGGGUCACCCUGCAAUAAGGCCGUGGCACUGAACGGCACGCCGCGCAACACUGUCUAGACACUGAUGCAAACUAAAAACUAAAAACAUGCAAAUAGAGGGAAGAGGGAACCUGUAGAGGAAAGACUACUAAACUAGGGCUCUCUGGUUACACCAAUCACAAUCUCUUGCUCCCAGCACCUACAGCACUGACAGCCGGCUGGAGACAAGAGAGUGUGGGAGCAGCAGUGGAGCACUAAAGGCUCAGGCCUCCUCUGGUUGAGAUGGAAGAGGAAGUCAAGCAUCCUUUUAAGGCGAAGGCUUCACACCGUGCUGGCUGUGAGGAAGUCAAGAGAGAAAAACUGCACCUGGACUGGAAAUAAUCUCUCUCUCUCUCUCUCUCUCUGGAUUUCCCAAAGCGGUCAAAGACUGUGAUAUUUAGCUGCUGGUGUCUCUGUGUGAACAAUGUGAGGAGGGAAAACAAACCCAUGUUGUGACCUCUUUGCUGCGGACAAGCUGUGAUGACGGGUUUGCACCCUGACCACCUCUGUGCUGAUUUAAAAAAAAAAGGAUAAAAAAAAGAUGGAUGUGAACUGCUCGUCCUAACCCUCACAUGUUCAGAGAUGGCCUUAUGUAGAAAAAAGAGCUUGACUGCAGUGCAAGCUUUCGCUCUCUACCACUCACCUCACUCUUUACCUGAAUGCUGCCCAAAACAGAAGUUUUGGUUUCACGUGUGGAGGGAAAACGAGGCUUUGUGAGCAGUCUGAAAAGGGAUUGUGCUGUCGAUAUCUAAUUUAGUCCUGUGUGCGAGUGUGUGUGUGUGUGUGUAUGUGUAUGUGUCAAUGAAAGGUUUUGAUUAGUUCCUGGGCUGGUCUCCUUGUUUGUGCUGAUGAGGGACCUUUAAGAAAAGCGCAGUAUGUCCUUCUCUCCAAUAACAGCAGCUUAGCAUAGGUACACUCACAUCAGUCACUGACAGUUACUUUUCUCUUUGUGCUUCAUCAAAUAACAAAAAAAAUAAAAAAACUGUCUGAGUUUGGCUGGAAAAUUUGGAAUAGUCUUUACAAAAGCACUGCCUAAAUAACUGAUGGUGUAGUUAUUCUUUGCCAUCUCUAUGAAAACGUUAUCAGGUCUGGCUGAGCAGCACUGAUGGAGGCGUUUACACCCCGGAUUGAUCGUCUUAAACCUUUUCAGUGAUGUCAACUGGUUGAAAUUUGCAUGUUUUUCCACCUACGGUUUCAGCUCCAGCCAAAAAAUUAUUUACCCACGUUUUGUGUUUAGUUUGGCUCUGAUCAGUAGAAUUCACAAAAACAACAUGUACUCAUUCCAAGCAUGCAUACGUCAGUGUGUUGUCUACUUGUAUCGUUCGCAACAUUAACACUGCUUAUUGUACUUGAUGCUGAGAAGGUGACGGUGAAAGUAACUGAGUCGCAAUGAAGCGCAAAAGAAAGAAGUUUUCUUUUGUCAUUGCAGUGACACAGAAGACGUUCAUCAGACCAUGAAUCAUGAUUCUAAUUAAGAUAAGUUUGCAGAGUAAUUCUGAUCACGUCAUGUUCCAGAGUGACUCUUCACGUUGGCCCUAAAACCCUCUAAAGCGCUUCAUCUUCAGUCACCACAACAUAACCACUUGCACAUCAGAGGCUUGAUGGAUGAUUGAUUUCAUGUAUUGUGAGAUAAACUGUGUGAAAUAAAUGAAAAUUUUAAUUUUG